CCGCCCAGGGCGGCCCGGCGGCUGCGCAGACGGAGGCGUCAUGGCGGAGAAGGCGCAGAAGAGCGUGAAGAUCGCGCCGGGAGCUGUGGUGUGUGUGGAGAGCGAGAUCCGCGGGGACGUCACCAUCGGGCCGAGGACGGUGAUACACCCGAAGGCCAGGAUCAUCGCGGAGGCAGGGCCCAUUGUGAUCGGGGAAGGCAACCUGAUAGAGGAACAGGCGCUCAUCAUCAACGGGUACCCAGAAAACAUCACGCCAGAAACAGAGGAGGUGGAGCCCAAGCCCAUGAUCAUUGGCACCAACAAUGUCUUUGAAGUCGGGUGCUAUUCACAGGCAAUGAAAGUGGGAGAUAACAAUGUAAUUGAAUCCAAAGCAUUCGUUGGCAGGAAUGUGAUCCUGACAAGUGGCUGCAUCAUCGGGGCCUGCUGCAACGUUAACACCUACGAGGUGAUCCCUGAGAACACCGUCAUCUACGGUGCCGACUGCCUUCGCCGUGUGCAGACCGAGCGGCCACAGCCCCAGACACUGCAGCUAGACUUCCUGAUGAAAAUCCUGCCCAAUUACCAUCACCUGAAGAAGACGAUGAAGGCCGCAUCCACACCUGUUAAGAGCUGAAAGCCCUCUGCCAUCAGUUGCGUGCCUGGGGUCUCUUGUCCUUUGGGCAUUGCACAGCCUGGGAUGCAGCUGGGCUCUGCAUCCUUCAUUCUUGCUUGUGUCUUUUAUUUAUAGCCCCCCCAGGCUUUGGACCUGUUGUCUCCCUCGCACCAACUCUAACGUUCCCCGUGCUUUAUGGGAAUAAAGUGGUUCUGCCCUUGCUGCA